AUGUCAAGAGUAGCGACAAUAGCAGAAGCCUUCUGUCAUAUAUUGUCUCAUAUUAUCUGCGUAAUUUUGACGAGGUGAGAUGCUGGAAAAGAGCAAUGUAUCUUCCCUCUUCCAGAGCCACAAGACUUAUUUCAGGCUUCUCAGUUAAAAUUUGAAGAAUUUCAAAAGGAUCUCCGCAAACUUAAAAAAGACUUGAGAGCCUGUGAGACAGAAGCGGGCAAAGUUUGCCAGUUAUCAUUAGAAGAGCACAUCCAACCUUUUAAAGACAACAUGGAGAAAUUCAUUACUCAAGCUAAAAUUGACCAUGAAAUAGAAGAGAAAUCCUUGGCAGAAACACAUAAAAGCUUUUUGGAGACUACAGCAUAUUUCUAUAUGAAACCAAAAAUGAGUGAGAAGGAGGUGUCCUUAAAUGCUUUCUUCAGUAUUUGGCAUGAAUUCAGUUCUGAUUUUAAAGAGUUCUGGAAAAAGGAAAACAAACUUAUUUUGCAAGAAAGGCUUAAAGAGGCUGAGGAAGUAUGCAGACAGAAAAAGGGGAAAUCAAUUUACAAUAUAAAACAGAAGCAUGAUUCUGGAAUUAAAGCUAAGAUAAGUAUGAAGAUCUGAGAGUAGAAAGGCUUGUGCCAUUGUACCACCUGUUCAGUAAAUUCAAAAUGUCUGUGGAUGGGGAAAAAAACCAUACGGCUCAUUUUUUCCUUGACUUCUUUUGCAUUUGUUUUCUGUUCUUCCUGACCAUAUGCAGCAAGCAUUCGUUAAUAAACAGAUUUACCGUAUGGAGUGUCUAAUAAAGAAGUUAUGCAGUUGAGACAUGUCUCUUCUAUGUACCCCACACUGUUGUUCUCAUCCAUAUGGUAUAUUGUCACAUGUAUGGAAGAAUACUAAUAAUAACUGGAGCAGCAAGAAGAAGCAUCCUUAUCAAUCUGAAGCAUACUGAAUCUGUAUAAACAUCUAACUUUACGUACACCCUACAUUUACAUUUAGUAGCAUUUUUCCAAAGCAACUGUGCUACAGUGCUGCCCUUAGAUGCAGAGGCAUUCUUGUGGCAAAACCACAAAGAAAUCUUAUGGCACUUUAAAGGCUUACAGACCUAUUAAAGCAUAAGCUUUUCUGGAGAAGAGUUUUCUUAACCAGAUGCAUGGUGAGAAUUUCAGUCAUGGUGAGAAAUUCAGGCUAUACAUAUAUUGGAUUGCAUCCAGCAGCCCACAGAUACAAGGAUAGCAUGUAUUUCUUGCAUUUUCCCUCUUCUCAGCAGGACUUUUCAACCUGGCAGAGCUUAUUCUUGGGGGCACAAGACCUUUGUGGGCUAAAUUCCAUGGAGGUCAGGUGGGAUCUGGAGGCGAGCACAAGCAUUAUUUUGUCAGUGGGGUUCAAAAAAACUACUGGGAGUAGAGGCACAUGGAAAAGAUCCAUGAUGGUCAGUGUCUUCCACUGACGGAUUGCUGGAGCCAGUGUAGACAAAGAAGGGGUAGCAUGAAAUGCAAGCUCACUUGUGACAUUUCUAUGCAAAACUCAAAACUCAGGAUCUACCAGGGGCUAAAAGUCAUCAUUCUUCUGCAAAGGAACUUAAGAAGAAAAUCCCACAGGGAGAAAAAUGUUGAAGUAGAAUUGAUCAAUCAGUCUAUUUAGUUGUAUUAAGUAAGGCUUAACAAAGCCAAACAUCCUUUUUAACUUCUACAUGUUUUAAGUUGUUUAUCAUGCCUAGGGAAAUGGUAAUGUCAUCAGCUGCAGCUGCUAUGGAUGGUCACUGUGCUUGCUUUAAAUACCUUUGAGAUGUUUUCAGAAGUGUCACAAUGUGAUGCAUUUCAUGCACUGUUCACAGUUCUCUUGUCACCAAAUAUCCCUGCAGACUGUGAUUUCACUGCAUGUAAUUGCUCCCAAAAUUUUUGCUUCAAUAAGCCUAGCAGUCUUUAAGGUUGCCACAAGAUUUUUUUCUUAAGGGGGAAAUGCUGCUUCUCAAGAACUGUGUGUGUACCUGUUCCAUAUUGACAUCUGUAGUUUGUAUUUUGAAUUGGUAAAGUACUCCUGCUGCACUAUGCUCUACUCUUUCCAAAUCCAUUUGGCUGCCCACUUGUGAAAUAUUUCUGAAACAAGAUGUUCAACACAGCUAUCUCUGUGGUAAAUGAGCUGGAACAUGUUCCCCAUUUUCUGCUAGAUAGAAUGGAAUCAAAAUAUAGGGAAGAAGUUGAAGUGUAGAAAAACAUAGGAGUCCUUCAGAUGGUACUGAAGAACCCCAGGUACUGCAAUAUGCUACAUUCCUUUAGAAAGAAAUAUACCACCCUAAUUUUGAACAGCAGAAUAAGAAGAAGCUGACAAUGAGUGUUUGUAAUCCAGCAUUUGAAGUCUAUUAUUUUAAAGAAUGUCCUUCUCUUUUAUUAGCAUUUUGGUUCAUAUUAUAAACCUUAGUGACCUGAGCGACAAAGAGAACUGCUCACUCAUCCAGGUUAGCUUUCAUUUUAUUGAGUACUCAUACGCUAUAUGACAUAACAGUUGCAGCUGUUUUGUGUGUCUUCAGUUGGAAUCAUCCCAAACAUACCAGAUUAGUCAAUUCUGGUUUAGAGCACUUCCACCACACACCACACCAUCUUUCAAAAAUAUGUUGCAAAUAGCCAAAGGUGGGAGGAGGUAGAAUAAUAAACUCUCAAAGCUUUGGAGCAUGGAAGGUGCUGGGGUGGUUUUGAGUUCUGCUGAAAUGAUUUAUUCUCCAUGUAGCCCAGAACAUGAUUUCUGGUUGCCAAAAUGAUAAUUUGUGGUUCCAGACAUCAUAAAGGCUGCAUAAAUUAUGACCUCAGGAAUUGACUUUUUAAAAUGCCAAGCACUACAGAUAUAUUUUUCAUUUGUAGGGAAAGUAGUUUCCUGGCAUAUAAUCUGCCUGAAAAGCUGCUGUUUUAUGGAUAGCUCUUGAGAGACCCUGAUGCAUUUUUUUCUCCACAACUGCAUUAAAAAGGCCUAUAGCGUCAGGAAUAAAGUUGUUUCUUGGGAAAAGGAAAAGAGAAAAUUGCUUGUUAUGAAAGACAUUAUCAAAAGCAAAUAAAUAAAAGAUAUUUUAAUAGCACUGAUUAAAACCCAUGUUUAUAUAAACUAUAGACUUGCUGUUUAACUUUGCUUUUUCCUUUAAAGUACAUUAAAAGACAUGGUAGCAUGUUUCUGUUUUGUAGCCUUCCUGGUCUCUUCAGUAUCUACAGUAUGUUUAUUGCCAUACUAAAUUAAAUGAGAUCGCUCUGUGCAAUACUGUAUUUAGUGUUUCUAUUCCACUUUUUUUUAGAAUGUUAAUUUAUAUGAAAAAUAAAACAAAUAAUGAAA